UCUUUCAAAAAUAAAAAAUAAAAAAAAAAGUAGCCCAUCUCUAAUUGUAAUGUGUAUAUAUAGUGGGGGUGACUUAGCUUGUUAUUUAAGCUGAACUCCCACAUCUCUCCUAAUCUCAGAAAAUAAAAAAGAUGGCUAAUCAAAUAACAAUGUGGAUCUUAAUAAUCUCGAUGAUUUGUGCGGUGGAAUGUUUAGAAAUAAGUCUAAACCCGGUGUCCUCUCCGGAAUCUGAUAUAAGUAGCAGUCCCAAUCCUUCUUUAGAUUCUUCAUUAUUAUCAUGCUUUGCAAAAAUAAGCUAUGAUUGUGCUUUCAAUAUUAUAGGAAACGAUAUGUUGUUUACUACACAUAUGAAUGUGAAAUGCUGCCAACAACUCAUUGAAAUGGGACAAAACUGUUAUAAUAUGAUUCUACAAGACAUGGUGGAGGAAUUUCAUUACCAAAAAGCCAUGCAAAUGUUGGAAAGGAGUGAGCACCUAUGGAGUCUUUGUGUAGCUUCAAUCUCUAGUGUUGGUACAUCAAUGGUGCCAGAUCUUACGACAUCACCGUCCAUGGAUGUUCGUGAUGAGAACGUGUCCCAUUUUGUAAAUGUACUCUUGCCUAUGAUAGAGAUCGGAUUGAUUGGCUGGAACUUGAUUCACCACUGACUAGUUGAUAUAUUUUGUGCGUCUUUCUCGAGCCAAAAGGAUCAUCUAUCUCCU